CUUUGCAGUGGGCAGAGAGUGGUUGAAGGAGGGGGUGGAGGGGACGUUGUUAGGGCGAGGAGCAGGGAAGGUCCAGACACAGAAUCAGCUAUCUAGAAACAGGAAAGGAGGGAGAAGAAGCUGCUGGCAAAGACCCCCAGAGAAUCCAUAAAGAAAGCAAGCUAGAGCACGAUCGGCUGUACCACUGACUGACUGUCUGACACAUUUUAGCCCUGAGUGGAAUGGCAGAUGAUAUCCUGUCUGCAGGGAGUGGGAUGGAGAUGGAUGACCGUCUGUCUCACCUGGAGCAGAGGGUGCAGCUGCAGGAAGAUGAGAUCCAGCUAUUGAAGGCUGCUCUAGCUGAUGCACUACGUAGACUGGGUUACUGCGAGGAGCUCACACAAGCCAGCAGCAGGAAAGGAGCACCCACCAAAGUUCGUCAGAUUCUACAAGCCCUUCCAUCCAAGCCUUUAGCCAAUGGUUAUAUUGAUCAGAAAAGGAUGGGGGGCUUCCCAUCCUCCCCUUCCUCUCCGAAAAAGGAGGUCCUAAUGUCUAUCAAAAGAAAAAGCAUGUCCACAGAGCGUCUGUCCACAGCCAGGAAAGAGAUGGCAGACACACGCAGCAGAACCACCUCAUCCAGCAGCUCAACCUGUGGCAAAAGAGACAGUAAAUCCAAAGAGUGCACCCUCAAUGCUGAGGAUGGGUACGUGAGGAUGUUCCUGCGUGGCCGGCCAGUUACCAUGCACAUUCCUGACCAGUUGAGAGAGAGCUACAGCCUUGACCAAAAGGCAGCACUGACAGACCGCAAGCUUAAACUUCAGUGGGUUUAUGGCUACAGGGGCAGAGACUGCCGCUGUAACCUCUACUUGUUGCCCACGGGAGAGAUUGUCUACUUCAAUGCUUCCGUUGUUGUGCUGUAUAAUGUGGAGGAGCAGCAGCAGAGACACUACCUGGGCCACAACGAUGAUGUAAAAUGCUUGGCCAUCCAUCCUGACAUGGUCACCAUAGCAACAGGACAAGUUGCUGGAACAGAGAAAGAUGGCAAACUGUUAGCUCCUCAUGUUCGUGUCUGGGACUCUGUUAGUCUGAACACACUACAUGUGAUCGGGUCUGGUGUAUUUGACCGUGCUGUCACCUGUGUGGCCUUCUCCAAAUCAAAUGGUGGUGCCCAUCUGUGUGCAGUUGAUGAUGCAAAUGACCACAUCCUAUCUGUGUGGGACUGGCAGAAAGAAAAGCAAAUUGCCGAAGUGAAGUGCUCAAAUGAUUCUGUGCUGGGAGCAGUCUUCCAUCCCAUGGAGGCCAACCUGAUUGUCACCUGUGGGAAGUCUCAUAUCAAUUUUUGGACUAUAGAGGGGAGCACUCUAACUAAGCGCCAGGGACUGUUUGAGAAACAUGAGAAACCCAAGUAUGUGCUGUGUGUAACCUUUGCUGAAAAUGGUGAUGCAAUAACAGGGGACUCCAGUGGAAACAUCUAUACUUGGGCUAAAGGUGGUAAUAGAAUCAGCCAGGUGGUGGCAGGAGCUCAUGAAGGCGGGAUCUUCUCCCUAUGUGUGCUGAAGGAUGGCACACUGGUGUCAGGAGGAGGGAAGGAUCGCAAGGUGGUGCUGUGGGAUCAUGAAUACCACAAACAGAAUGAGAUGGUGGUUCCUGAGACUUUUGGGCCUGUUCGCACUUUGACUGAGGGAAAACAAGAGGAAUUAUUUGUGGGAACCACCAAAAAUGCCAUCCUGCAAGGCUCCUUCUCUGGUGCUCUCUCACCCAUCGUUCAGGGUCACACAGAUGAGUUGUGGGGACUGGACGUGCACCCCAGCACUAAACAGUUUGUGACAUGUGGUCAAGACAAGCAGGUCUACCUGUGGGAUGUUACCUCCCACCAACCUCUGUGGAACAAGACCAUUGAGGACCCUGGUCGUUCUGCUGGCUUUCACUCUAGCGGCACUGUGCUUGCUGUGGGCACCAUGACUGGAAGGUGGAUGGUUUUGGACACUGAAACCAGGGAUCUUAUUUCUAUGCACACAGAUGGGAAUGAAAUCAUCUCCACUGUCAAGUACUCUCCAGAUGGAGCAUACCUAGCUGUAGGAUCUCAUGAUAACUUUAUUUACAUCUAUGCUGUGACUGAGAAUGGAAGAAAGUAUAGUCGAGUUAGCAAAUGCACCGGGCAUUCCAGCUAUGUUACGCACCUAGACUGGUCCACCAACAGCCAAUAUAUUGUCACAAACUCAGGAGAUUAUGAGAUCUUAUACUGGGAGGCCUCCAGUGGGAAACAUAUUACAAGCGCAGAGGUAGUACGCAACCUGGAAUGGGCCACUUCGACUUGUGUGCUCGGAUUCAGUGUGUUUGGCAUCUGGCCAGACGGCGCUGAUGGCACAGACAUCAAUGCUGUUUGCAGGUCAAAUAACCGUGGUGUCCUGGCUUCGGGAGAUGAUUUCGGCAAAGUGCGUUUGUUCUCUAACCCCUGUUCUCAGCCAAGGGCACCUAGUCAUGUAUACGGUGGGCACAGCAGCCAUGUAACCAAUGUUGCCUUUCUCCAUGAUGACAGUCAGCUCAUCUCUACUGGAGGGAAAGACACCAGCAUUCUUCAGUGGGCACUUGUCUGAUUAUGCCUGUGCAACCCUGCUACUUAUUUACUGUAGCUUCCUGCCCACCAGAGGGCAGCACUGCUGUGCCUACCCUGCAUCCAUAAUGUCCUGUCAAUCUUUAGUCUAUUGUGUGUGUGGGGUGUGUGGGGUGUGUGGGGUGUGUGGGUGGGUGUGUAAUGUUCACCUUAAGUGCUGGUCUGUGUCUGGGACCAGGUUUGGUUUCCUUUUCUUUUUUUUUUUUUUUUUUUUUCUUUUUUUUUCUUUUUUCUUUUUUUUUUUUUUUUAAAGCAACUACUUAAACAGGUAAAACUGGUGAUAAUAUUCCAGGAUCAGUCGUUCCCAGCAGCCCUUGGCCUAAACUGUAUUGCGCACCCUGCUAAUGCAUGACUGAAGUGAGCUGUAGUGAAGCAGAAGAGGCAUGACCUAACUGUUCAGCCAUAUAUAAGCCUAGUAAGAAAGAUUUGACCUCUUAUAGAACCAUUGUAUAUUAUCCAGUUACUGAGUGGACGUGAUUUGGAAACUACAUGGUGAUCAGUGGCAGUUAGUGCUUCAUAUUUAUCUAGGAGUGAACCUAAGAUGUGCUUUGCCUUCAUUUUGUUAAUAAAGUUUAUACUGUACUCACA